AUGCCGAUACUAGUCGCUGGGGAUUUCAUUCGACUCACACCCUCCUACUACGACAAGAUCGAGCUGUCCGAGCCGUUCUGCUGGAUUUGGCCGAGUCUGAAUGACCGCAUAGGUCUUGCCAAAUUCAACGCGCUUGUGAGAUACGCAAUCAUGGUGCGUGGGUUCCCCGGUAAUCUCUCUGAUAUGCCGUUCGGACUGCAUGGAGUGUUCCCUCAACUCUGUGCAGAUCUUGCGAAAGGCCAAGACAUCGACAACAUGAAGACUACCUGGGAAGGUGAAAAGCGUUACGGCAAAGGACUCGUGGGAGGCGGCGUCGAGGAGCCAGAAGAGGUUGAGCCGAACAGAGAGUCCACAAACAACGACGGUCCCGACGAGCAGCAGAACAGUCGCAAUGUCUUCGAGAAUCGCAUACAGUACCUUUGCGAAGAAUUUCAAGCCUAUACAUCUACACCAAGAGCUGAUUACGAAGGAUUUGUGGAAGGCCAAGCGCAAUACGGAGCUAUUGUUAAGGGGUUGAAGAAAGAAGUUGAGGUUGCGGAGUGCCGCGUGCGAAUACUUGAAGCUGAGCUUGAGAAGGCAAAAGCUGGGGAGAAAACGUGGAAACACAAGUUCGAAGGCGUGGCUCCAUGGACGAUUUGGCGUAAAAUUAUGAGGUAA